AGCCCUGAGUUUUUAGGUCCCAGAUUUAUUACCACUUGUCGCCUCUCUCUCCCACCCUAACGGAUGAAGCUGAGAGGCUCUAAAAGAACGCCGAAAACUACAUUUCCCAUGAUGCCCCUCUUCUGCACGCAACCUUUACUUGUGACGUCGCUACCAUAGCAACCCAAGAGCCUCGCGCAGAGCUCGCGUCCAGCUGAUUCUAGGCUGGGCCCUACGCGGAGACCACGACACUGGGGCGGCCGAGCCACGAUGCCCAGUGAAACUCUCUGGGAAAUCGCAAAAGCUGAAGUGGAAAGACGGGGAAGUAAUGGAAGUGAAGGCGAUGGAGUUGAAACUGGAGAAAAGUCUGUUUUCUUCAUUGGCAGUAAAAACGGGGGAAAGACUACUAUUAUUCUAAGGUGUCUUGACAGGGAUGAGCCACCAAAACCAACCUUAGCCUUGGAAUAUACAUAUGGAAGGAGAGCAAAAGGACAUAACAUACCAAAAGAUAUUGCUCAUUUUUGGGAACUAGGUGGAGGAACCUCUUUACUGGACUUAAUCAGCAUACCAAUCACAAGUGACACCUUACGGACAUUUUCUAUUGUUCUUGUUUUGGAUCUUUCGAAACCUAAUGACCUUUGGCCCACCAUGGAAAAUCUGUUGCACGCCACAAAACUUCAUGUAGAUAAAGUGAUAAUGAAACUGGGGAAGAAAAAUGCUAAAGCAGUUUCUGAAAUGAGACAGAAGAUAUGGAGCAACAUGCAGAAGGACCAUCCAGAUCGUGAAUUAAUUGACCCAUUUCCAAUUCCUCUGGUCAUAAUUGGAAGUAAAUAUGAUAUUUUUCAGGAUUUUGACUCUGAGAAGAGGAAGGUAAUAUGCAAGACACUUCGAUUUGUUGCACAUUAUUACGGAGCAUCAUUAAUGUUUACCAGUAAAUCAGAAGCUCUAUUACUAAAAAUACGUGGAGUUAUUAACCAGUUGGCAUUUGGCAUUGACAAAAGCAAAUCAACAUGUGUGGAUCAGAAUAAACCACUGUUUGUCACAGCAGGAUUGGAUUCUUUAAGUCAAAUAGGAUCUCCUCCUGUUCCUGACAAUGACAUUGGAAAGCUUCAUGCCCAUUCACCAAUGGAAUUGUGGAAAAAGGUGUAUGAAAAGCUCUUUCCACCAAAGAGUAUCAACACACUAAAAGAUGUCAAGGACCCUGCAAGAGACCCUCAAUAUGCUGAAAGCGAAGUUGAUGAAAUGAGAAUUCAGAAGGAUCAGGAACUGGAACAGUACAAAAGAAGUUCUUCCAAGUCUUGGAAACAAAUGGAGCUUGAUUCCUGAACCUAAUGCAACUAUAGGGUAUUUAUUUCUUCUUUUCCAAAUACAAGUAAGAUUAUUUUAUUACUUAAUAUUAUAGUAAUAAGUGAGGAAAGUCUAGAUGUGUAAUUUGUUAAAGGAAAAGUGGAAUUUCUUGUAUUAGUGCAACUCCCUGCAUACUUUCAAGUCUCUUAAAAGGGAAAAAUUUGUAUAAUUACAUGCAAUAUUUUUUAAAAAAUAAAAAGAAUCUUGCAGGACCUAC